UUUGCGCAGCGAAUCCUCUGCUCAACGUCCUGCAUGCUCCGCAAUCUCGCACGACUAGAUUACCUCGCGAGUCGCCGGUUUCUUCAGCAUUGAUAACUUCGGUACGGAUCUCGACGCCGCUUGCGCAAGAUGGUCUUCGAAGAGCAGAGAUACCUCCAUGAGGACAUUGAGAGGCUUGAGCAGGCGAUUGCGGAUAGGUAUGUCGAAGAGCCUAAGCAAGAUCGCUACCGCCUCAACCGCGACCACGAGAUGGCGCAACUUCUCGACAACCUUCACACUCAAGCGAAAGCACUGCUGGACAUCUACAAGACAAGAACGGACGACCGCUUGAAAGAGAGCCAGGACCUAUCGCUGGGAAAUUCCUUUGAAGCGUUCCAGAAGCAAGUCGCGGACAUCAAGGAGUACCACAAGCGAUAUCCCAAUCAGCCUGCGGAAAAUUUAGAAGUAGCAUACAGAAAGCCUGCGCCCGGCGAAGGCGAGCGCAUGCCACUGGUGAUCAAUGGCAUGUUCACAGGCGAAGAGUUUUACGGUCGUUACUUUGAUAUGUAUGACCUUCACGAGCAGUACCUCAAUCUCCCAAGUCUAAAGACUGGCCGUCGCAUACCUUACAUCAAGUAUUUGGACUCAUUCGACGACUUUUCAAACAUCAAGAAAAAGGACAAGCUAUCAGACGAGUAUCUACAAUAUGUGCGCAACCUGGCAGCUUAUCUGGAGGGCUUCAUGAGGAAGACGCGGCCGCUCGAGAACUUGGACAAGCUGUUUGCUCAGUUUGAGGAUGAGUUUGAGAAGGCGUGGGCUGCCGGCCAAGUGCCUGGUUGGGAGCAGGAGGAAGCAACUCCUAGGAAUGACAGUGCAACGUAUUGCGAAGCCUGUGAGAAAGAGUUCGGCAAUGAGAACGUAUAUCAGCAUCAUUUCAAUUCCAAAAAACACAUCAAAAAUGCCGAACGCAAGAAGGAGAGGGUAGAAAACGGCAUGACGACCGGUGCCAGUCGGCUACGAGAGAAAGCCAUUGCUGAUCGCGAAUUUCGGGUAAAAAAGCUUGCGGCAGCAAUGCAAACACAACGCAGUGACACACGCGACAACGUCGAACGCAAGGCAGCUAUGACAGAGCGUGAACGAGCGCAAGAAUUAGAAGCGCUGAAUGAAGAUGAUUUUGAAGCCGCAGGUCAGAAUGGCGCGGAAGAUGAUGACGAUGAGAAUGAAAAGAUUUACAAUCCGUUGAAGCUGCCUCUUGACUGGACGGGCAAACCAAUUCCUUUCUGGCUGUACAAGCUGCAUGGUCUGGGUGUGGAGUUUGAAUGCGAGAUAUGCGGCAAUUUCACGUAUAUGGGUCGUCGUGCUUUUGAUAAGCACUUUAACGAGUCAAGGCACGUGUAUGGCCUCAAGUGCCUAGGUAUCACGAGCUCGCCGCUGUUUCGAGACAUUACACGGAUUGAGGAGGCUCAGAAACUAUGGGCAAAGAUACAGAAGGCCAAGAGAGAAGAAAAGGCCGCGGCGGAUGUUGUACAGAUGGAAGACUCUGAAGGCAAUGUCAUGCCGGAGAAAGUCUACUUGGAUCUACAGAAGCAAGGACUGAUAUGAGUGUCUUCCGGUUUCAGUACGGACGAUCACUUUAAAGACUUGACCAUUGCGUCAACUCAGCUCCCCAACCUGGAGAUCGCCUAUCUCCAUUCGAAACAUGGCCAUGCAGAGGAACAUCUGCAGUGCAAUACUGCAUGAAGCUGAAUCAAGUGCUGAAUCAAGCUUCAACAUGCUCAAAGCAUAGUGCCGCGGAUAUCAUGUCCGUUCUCCGUACGUCACGGAAUUCCUCGUAUGUAUGAGUGUGUCUAAUAGAGUCAAGUGUACCAACAUGUUGUGAC